AUGCCCGGAAGUCUGGUGCAGGAGGAGAAGCGCCUGGACGUUGCGGCGGAGCCCCAGGAGAAGGUCGGGGAGAGCGAGGCGGAGGAGUCUGGGGGCGAAUGCGCGGGCGAAGCAGCAGCAGCAGCAGCAGGGGGGCAGGGCGCAGCAGCAGCAGCAAAGAAGAAGAAGAAAAAGAAGAAGAAAAGCGCAGCAGCAGCAGCAGCAGCAGCAGCAAAAACCCUAGGGUUUGAGCCUGCACAAGAUAACAGCGCGCUGCGCUGCUUAGGCAGCUGGCCCGAACGCAAACCCUCGCAGCAAACGGUGCCUCCCACGAAGACGAUGCAGCAGCUGUUUCCCGCGGGGGACUUCCCCAAAGGGGAAGUGCAGCUUUACGCGUCGCCGCCCCACGACGCAGAAGCGAGAGAAGCGGAAAGAUUUGAUUCUGUUAAUUUGGAGGCUCUGCGAGAAGCUGCGGAGUGCCACAGACAAGUGCGGCGCUACGCCCAGAGUUUGGUAAAACCUGGAAUUUCUUUGACUUAUCUUUGUGAAGAAAUUGAAAAAAAAACAGAAACCCUAAUUGCUGCCAAAGGCCUCGAAAGGGGAAAAGGGUUUCCCACGGGAUGCUCUUUAAAUGAAUGCGCAGCUCACUACACCCCAAACCCUGGAGAAGACAGAAUCCUCGGAAAAGGCAGGGGGGGUUUAAUUGAAGAAACAAUUUCUUCAUUUGAAUUUAUAAAUGAAAACCAAACCCUCAAAAUAAAGCCCGUCAAAAACCUCACCGGCCACUCCAUUGCGCCCUACAGGAUCCACGCAGGGAAGUCAGUGCCGAUUGUGAAGGCCCCGGCGCACAGCGUUUCGUUUUUGAACAUAAUGGAAGAAGGGGAGGUUUACGCAAUUGAAACUUUUGCUUCGACGGGAAAGGGUUUUGUUUCUGAAGAAGGAGAUUGUUCUCAUUUCAUGAAAAGAUUCGACGCGGGUUUUGUCCCUCUGCGACUCAAAACCACCAAAGAACUCCUCAAACUCAUCGACGACGUAUCCCAAACCCUAAACCCUAAACCCUCAACGGCUCAAAACCACCAAAAAACUCCUCAAACUCGUCGAGAAAGUGCCCCAAACUCCAAACCCUAA